AUGGUCUCAAUCGUGGAUUCCUUGUCUUUUUUAGAUAGUCCAAAAAUCAAUUGGAAGUUAAUUAUUGCCGGAUUUACAGUUGGUCAAUAUGUGUUUGAAACCUACCUCGAUUAUAGACAAUACCAGGUUUUGAAAAACAAAUCACCUCCAGCCUCGAUAAAGGCCGAAGUUGAUCAAGCAACGUUUGACAAGUCUCAGAAAUACUCCCGUUCAAAGGCAAAGUUCUCCAUUUUUUCAUCUACUUUUGGUUUGUUGCAAAACUUGGCUAUUUUACGUUUUGAUUUUUUGCCUAAACUUUGGAGUAAAAGUGGAGCUAUAAUGAAUGCAAUUAAUUUCCUUUUGCCUAAAUUUAUGGGCGGUGUUAUUACUCAGUCAAUCAUCUUUGUAUUCAGUUUCCUGGUUAUUAGUACCGUUGUCGGUUUGCCCUUAAGUUACUAUAGUAAUUUUGUUUUGGAAGAAAAGUAUGGUUUCAACAAACAAACCAUUGGAUUGUGGAUCUCUGACAAAGUGAAAGGAAUUGGUCUUACUCUUGUGUUGGGGUCUCCCGUCAUUGCUGGUGUGUUGAAGAUUAUUGACUAUUUUGGAAAUUCGUUCAUUUUCUACUUAAUGGGUUUCUUUUUGCUUGUAAACUUGGUUGCCAUGACAAUUGUUCCUACUUUAAUUAUGCCUUUGUUCAACAAGUUCACUCCUUUAGAAGACGGUGAGUUAAAAACAGCUAUCGAGGCAUUGGCUUCUUCACAAAAGUUUCCUUUACAAAAAUUGCAAGUUAUAGAUGGAUCCAAGCGUUCGUCUCAUUCAAAUGCAUAUUUUACCGGUUUACCAUGGAGCAAACAAAUUGUUUUAUUUGAUACUUUGAUUGAGCAUAAUACAACUGAGGAAACAGUUGCGGUGUUGGCUCAUGAGAUUGGUCACUGGAGAUUGAAUCAUAUUCCCAAGAUGCUUGCUAUGCAACAAGCUCACUUUUUCAUAAUUUUUUCAUUGUUUUCAGCGUUUGUAAGCAACAAUUCGUUGUACACGUCAUUUGGAUUUUACAACCAGCAACCAAUCUUGAUCGGUCUUAUGCUUUUUGGUGACAUCUUACAACCUUUGGAAUGUGUUUUAACUUUUGUUCAAAAUUUGGUAUCAAGAAAGCAUGAGUAUGAUGCUGACAAAUAUGCAUACGAUUGCGGCUAUUCCGAAGAAUUGAGUAGAUCUUUGAUCAAAUUGUCUAACAAGAAUUUGUCAAGUAUGAAUGCUGAUUGGUUAUAUUCAUCAUUCCAUUAUUCACACCCAAUUUUGCCAGAAAGAUUGAGUGCAUUAGGUUAUGUAUCAAAGGAAAAGAUUGGAUCAGGCGAUCUCAAACCAGAGGGAUUUGGAGAAACUGAAGUGAUUGAAGAGAAGCCAGAAAAGCAAGAUUAG